CUCUCUGAUGGCGCGUGAUGGGUCUCGGGAAUUGCUCCACGGCAUGAGAGGUGUCUAUGGUCGCGGCGUGAGGAACAACCGCAGCACGAAGGAACCAUGCGCCGCGGAGCGAAGGCAUGGCACGGCGUGGCGGCAGACUGGUCCUUCACGGCGCGGGGACGAACGCGGCGUGGCAGGGAGCGGGCUUCACGGCGCGGCACUCUUCACGGCGCGGCACGUUAGGAGCUGGGGUCUCUGUCGGCCUCGUGGCGGGCGUCGCGACGCCUGGGCAGCUCGUCCUUCUUCGUGUCUCGGGCUCGUUUAUGCUUGUUCAGACUCUGAAUUUGAUUCUCUUUUUUUUCCUGUCACGGUUCAUCAAGUCCAUAAACACCGCUGGUGCAUUACUCAACCCAAACGGCAUCACCACGAACUCGAAAUGACCGUAUCUUGUUCGAAACACAGUUUUAGCUACGUCAGACGAGAAAAGUUGUUUGCGAAAUUCUCCAAAUGCGAGUUCUGGCUCCAACGAGUAUCCUUCCUAAUGUGUAUAGUAGUGGGGUGGUAUGGGACAAAAAAUAAAUCCACUUGGUUUCAGACUUUGAUUACUCAGGCAGGUAUCGAGGUGGAUCCUUCCAAGGUUUCAGCUGUUAAGAAUUGGUCAGCACCGAGGAGUCCGUCCGAGGUUCGAAGUUUUCUCGGUCUAGCUGGAUACUAUCGCAGGUUCAUCGAGGGCUUUUCCAAGAUCGCCCUCCCUCUAUCCCAGCUGACUAGGAAGUCUGUGAAGUUCGAGUGGAUUGACCGAUGUGAGUCGAGCUUUCAGGAGCUCAAGAGGAGAUUUACUUCAGCACCGGUGUUGACUAUUCCCGAUCCUUCUCGGAGUUUCACCAUUUUCAGCGAUGCUUCGAGACAGGGCUUGGGAUGUGUCCUUAUGCAGGACGGCCAGGUCGUUGCGUAUGCUUCCCGUCAGCUUAAGCCGCAUGAGCAGAAUUAUCCGACGCACGACUGGGAGUUAGCAGCAGUCGUGCAUGCUCUCAAGAUUUGGCGACACUAUCUUUACGGCGGUCAUUGUGAGAUUUUCACAGAUCAUAAGAGCUUGCAGUAUAUCUUUACUCAGAAGGAGCUCAACAUGAGACAGCGCCGUUGGUCAGAGCUCGUCAAGGAUUACGACUGCUCUAUUCAGUACCAUCCGGGAAAGGCGAACGUCGUUGCAGAUGCCCUAAGCCGACAG